AUCUGAUGCUGAUAAGUGGGGAACGAAAUGGAGCAGCACAACGAAGGUUUUAAAGAGGACACGGUCUCCUUACACUCGGAACACUCGAUCAAGUUCAAUGGGAAUGAAAAAAGCACUUUGCAACUGGUGACCGAGGAGCCGGCGGAUACCGAAAAUGGUGGCCAUCUGGAGAGCAUAAUAGGAUUCAGAGAAAAGAAGAAGGCUGCAAAGCCAUUGCCUUGGUACUAUGCUCCGGUCUACCUGCUCUUCUGGGUCGGACUAUUCUUCGCCGUGGUCUAUCCACUCUUCAAUUACCUGCCCACCGGAGUCAAGCUGGCGGAGGAGUCCGAUCUGCCGGCCACCUUUGUGGCCCAGCGUGCAGAGGAGGUGCUGCUAAAGAUUGAUUUGAUGGGGCCCAAGAUAGCGGGUGACUACGUGACUGAGGUGACCAUGGUUAAUUUUCUGCUCGAUGAGAUAGAAAAGGUGCGUCGCGAGAUGCGUUCCGAUCUCUACGAGCUGGAGGUGGACGUGCAACACUCGAGUGGCGCCUUUCUGCACUGGCAGAUGAUAAACAUGUACCAGGGCAUCCAGAACGUGGUGGUAAAGCUAAGUGCGAAGAGCUCCAAUAGCACCAACUACUUGCUGGUGAACAGCCACUACGAUUCCAAGCCCAGUAGUGUGGGCACUGGUGAUGCUGAGCUCAUGAUUGUGGUCAUGUUGGAGACGCUUCGCUUGAUGGCCACAUCCGGAGAGCCCUUCCUGCACCCUAUAGUCUUCCUGUUCAACGGAGCCGAGGAGCAGCCCUUCCAUGGAUCGCAUAGUUUCAUAAAGAAUCAUCGGUGGUCUGCAAACUGCAAGGCAUUGGUUAACCUGGACUCGGCUGGCUCCGGCGGUCGCGAAAUUCUCUUCCAGGGGGGUCCCAAUCAUCCGUGGCUGAUGCGGCAAUACAAAAACAGUGCCAAACACCCAUUUGCUACCACGAUGGCUGAGGAGAUCUUCCAGGCUGAUUUGAUACCCUCGGACACAGAUUUCCGCAUCUUCCGUGACUUUGGACCAGUGCCAGGUUUGGACAUGGCUGGCUGCUACAAUGGCUUUGUUUAUCACACCAAGUUCGAUCGGUUUAAUAUUAUUUCCCGGGGUGCUCUGCAGAACACUGGAGACAAUGUCUUCUCUCUGGUCCGGAGUAUUUCCAAUGCCGAGGAAAUGUAUGACACUGAGGCCCACUCCGAGGGUCAUUCCGUGUUCUUCGACUAUCUGGGUCUCUUCUUCGUUUACUACACCGAGUCCACGGGUGUGGCCCUUAACAUAUCCUUUUCAUUGGGCGCCAUACUCCUCGUCUGCCUCUCCUUGUGGCGUAUGGCCAGGAUGACGGAUCGCUCUGUAGGCACCUAUUCCCGGGCAUUUGGAAUGCAGUUUCUGUUGGCAAUCCUGGGCUUCCUGCUAGCUCUCGGCUUCCCCUUGUUGAUGUCCGUGUUUUAUGAUGCAGGCAAUCGAACGAUGACAUACUUCAGCAACAGUUGGCUGGUCAUCGGUCUUUUCAUCGUACCCUCUGUUAUUGGCCUAGUCCUGCCCAGUACUUUCUAUUUGAGCCUGCGACCAAGCGAAAAGAUCCCACAUGCUUACCGCCUGCAGAUUGUGGGACAUGCCUACUGCGUUCUCAUGGCUGUGAUUUGCAUAUUGCUGACUGUCGUUGGCAUUCGCACUGCCUAUCUUUUUAUGAUGUGUGUGUUCUUCUAUGUUGGAGCUUUGAUUAUAAAUCUGGCCAGUCGGUUGCACGAUAAGGGUUAUCUCUGGACUUGGGUGCUUGGCGCCUGUCAGAUUCUGCCGUAUCUAUACUUCACUUACCUGUUCCAUGCACUCCUGGCCAUCACCAUUCCCAUGACAAGCCGCAAGGGCUUGGAAGCUAAUCCGGAUCUACUUAUAUCCUUACAGUGCGCUCUGGGCUCCAUUCUGGCACUGGUCUUUUUGGCUCCCCUCCUUAACCUGUUCCGGCGUCCCAAGAGCAUGGUGGCUGGCCUUGCCCUGGUGAUGUUCAUCUUCUGCAUGAUCUCUGUUUCGGGGGUGGGAUUCCCCUACCGCGCCAAGACGAAUGUGAUGCGUCUCCAUUUCUUGGAGGUGCACCGCAAAUUCUACGAGUACGAUGGAUCUGUGAGUCUGGAGGAUAGCGGUUACUAUUUUGAUCUACAGGAUCGCCGCCUGGAGACUCCUCUGCUGGACAAGAUCAAUCUCACGGGUCUCACACGCCUCGAUGAGGAGUGCAAGACGGAGAUGAAGUGCGGCAUGCCCUGCUUCAACCAUCGUUGGUGUGCCGCUGUGAAGGAUGCCCGUUGGCUGCCGCGGGAUGUGCCAGUGGAUCUACCCGGCAUUCCCAUUCUGCAGCUCUUGAACAAGACUGUGAUUGGGACUGAGUCGGAUCCAAGGUUCCGUUUCGAGUUUGUGGUGUCAGGUCCGCCCAGGCUAAGUCUCUUCAUUCUACCACUGGAUGGGGUUAAGUUUCUGAAGUGGUCCUUCCUCAUGGGAAUGCUGGACAAUCCGUCGGUGUAUAAGCCCCCAUAUCACAUCUUCUUUGGCUAUGGAAGCGACAACUCGCCCAUCAAGUUUUAUAUUGAACUCACGAAAGACGACCACAACUACGAAGUUCCGCUGCUAAAGCUGGGAGUAUCUGGGCACUACAUGAGCCACCUAAGUUACCGCGAUCCCACGACAAUGAAGUUCAUCGAGUCUCUGCCAGACUUUGCCCAUCCCAUGGAGUGGCCCAGUUCCUACGAGCGAUAUAUAUUCUGAGAUUAUAUAGAUUCACACAGUAAUCUUAAGAUCAAUUAUUUAUGAAA